GUGGCUGUGGUGCCCCUCCAAACUUGACCUUUGCUGUGCUGACUGAGCAAUACAAAAACCUGACGGAGUUCCCUGCGGGGGACACGGUGUGGUACAGCUGCCAGCCAGGAUACACCAGACAUGCUGGAGUGCCCCCAGUUCUGACAUGCCUCAAAAACCACACGUGGUCUGAAGCACAAGAGUUCUGCAAAAGGAAGCAGUGUAAAUACCCCGAAACGCCAGCGAACGGCAGAGUUGUUGUUCUGACAGAUCUCCUUUUUGGGUCAACCGUGGGGCACACGUGUGAAGAAGGCUGCCCUGAGGACCCCCUCAGCUCUAGUGCUGGGGGACAGGUGGUCUGUCCAGUGCCACAGAUCCAGAACGGGAGGAUAUCUGUUCCCAGACACCCCUACACAUACGGAGACACCGUCAGCUUCAAGUGCCGGAAGGGUUUCACCCUGCGGGGCCACCGCACGGCCCAGUGCCAAGCCAACGGGACCUGGGAGCCACCCGUGCCAGCCUGUCAGAGGAGGGCUGUGAAGUGUCUCCAUCCUCCAAACAUCACCAACGGGAAGCUCAAAGGCAACACCUCAGACACUUUCUCCUACGGAGCCUCUGUGUCCUACAGCUGCAAUCCUGGUUUUUCACUCGUGGGGAAUGCUUCCAUCAGCUGCACGGGGUCAGGGACCUGGAGCCAGCCUCCUCCUCGGUGCAAAGAGAUCAGAUGUGUAGUCCCCGAAGUUCAAGGUGUUAAGAAAGCCAUACAAGGAAACACUUACCGCUCUGGGACUAACAUCACUCUUGAAUGUGAUGAUGGUUACACGUUGGAAGGCAUCAGUCAGAUUCAGUGCCAAGAGGACUUCAGCUGGGACCCUCCUGUACCCGCCUGUAAACUGACGUCACGCCAGAGCAAUCCAGUAGGGCUAGGAGCUGCAGCUGCAGGAGUCCUGCUUCUCCUGGGGGCAGGCAUUGUCUGGAAAAUCCUUUCUAAGCAGAAGGAAGG